UAUUUCGGCCAGUAUACGCCAGCAACUUGCUAUUUUUUGCGAUACUUGCAAGCCACCGAAAAAGCCUAAAUCAACUUUUUCAUAAAAUAUGUACACAUAUAUAUAUAAAUAUAUUGCAAUAACAGCCACAUAUGCUACUUUUUGAUCCGUGUAAAUGCCGAGAUGAGUUAAAAGCAAUAACCGUUGUGCUUCUGUUCCAUUUUACUGUUUCCUCCAAAGUUGUUUCAUUUUCUUUAAAGUAGUUGAAAACUUUUUUUGCAUAAAGCGGCAGACUUGAAAUCUGAAUUGUCGACAGUCGUGUUAACAAAUUUUAUAAAAAAUACCAGAAUGGCAGAUAGUGAUGAUCUUUUAGAUUAUGAAGAUGAGGACUUUGAAACUUCAAUUAUAGAAGUAAUUGAGCCCAAGAGAAAGAAAGUGAAGGGCGCAUAUGUCUCUAUUCACUCUUCCGGUUUUCGUGAUUUCCUUCUAAAGCCUGAAAUAUUGCGCGCUAUUGCUGAUUGCGGUUUUGAACAUCCUUCGGAAGUACAACAUGAAUGCAUUCCGCAGGCUGUACUCGGUAUGGAUAUAUUAUGUCAAGCUAAAUCUGGUAUGGGCAAAACCGCUGUUUUUGUGCUCGCUACACUUCAGCAAAUAGAACCUAUAGAUGAUUUAGCUUAUGUAUUGGUCAUGUGCCAUACUCGCGAAUUGGCAUUCCAAAUCAGCAAGGAGUAUGAACGUUUCUCUAAAUAUAUGCUUGGUAUAAAUGUAGGAGUUUUCGUUGGUGGAUUAGCUAUACAAAAGGAUGAAGAAACAUUAAAAACAACUAUUCCACAUGUUGUAGUUGGAACUCCUGGUCGUAUUCUUGCACUUGUUAGAAACAAAAUGUUGAAUUUCAAAAAGUUGAAGCACUUUAUACUUGACGAAUGUGAUAAAAUGUUGGAACAGUUAGAUAUGCGUCGUGAUGUGCAAGAAAUAUUUCGCAGUACUCCACAUUUAAAGCAAGUUAUGAUGUUCUCCGCUACACUGAGCAGAGAAAUUCGUCCGGUUUGCAAGAAAUUCAUGCAAGAUCCAAUGGAAGUUUACGUUGAUGAUGAAGCCAAAUUGACUUUGCAUGGCUUACAACAACAUUAUAUUAAGUUGAAGGAGAAUGAAAAAAAUAAGAAACUUUUUGAAUUGCUUGAUGUUCUUGAAUUCAACCAGGUUGUUAUCUUUGUCAAAUCGGUUCAGCGUUGUGUUGCGUUGGCACAAUUGUUGAUUGAGCAAAAUUUUCCUGCAAUUGGUAUUCAUCGCAGUAUGACCCAGGAGGAUCGUCUUAACCGUUAUCAACAAUUCAAAGAUUUUCAGAAACGUAUCUUGGUUGCUACCAAUUUAUUUGGACGUGGUAUGGAUAUUGAAAGAGUCAAUAUCGUAUUCAAUUACGAUAUGUCUGAAGACUCUGAUACUUACCUACAUCGCGUUGCGCGUGCUGGCCGCUUUGGUACUAAGGGACUAGCAAUUACUUUUAUAUCCGAUGAAAUGGAUACAACUAUUUUAAAUGAAGUUCAAGAACGUUUCGAUGUUAAUAUAUCGGAGUUACCUCAUGAAAUCGACCUGUCAUCAUACAUUGAAGGCCGUUAAUAAUUUUAUAAAAUUCAAUAUUACACAAUUUAAAACACCAUUUACAAUAUGUCCUUUUUUACUUGAUUAUUUUCAAUAAAAUAAAUAUAA